AUGGCGUUGUUACUCAUCAGAGACCUCCGGGUAUCGAUCACCCUUGUUGGUUUCUUUGUGCUCUUAGUUUCCUUUCCAGGGAUCACAUUCGGUGAAGAAGACGACUCAGAGGCGGCAGGUGGAGCUGGAGGUGGUGGGCCAGGAUUUGGCGGUGGUGGGACAGGUCUAGGAGGCGGUGGCGGGCCAGGAUUUGGCAGUGGUGGCACAGGUGUUGGAGGCGGAGGGGUAGGUGGUGGCGGGUCAGGAUUUGGCGGCGGAGGAACUGGUUUUGGUGGAGGAGGAUUGGGUGGCAUUGGUGGCGGCGGAGGAGGAUUGGGUGGCAGUGGCAGCGGAGGAGGAGGAGGAUUAGGUGGCGGCGGUUUAGGUGGAGACUAUCCACCGGAGAUAUUUGAGAAAGCUUUGGAGUGCUUAAAUGAGAAACACAUUUACAGAGAGUGUGAAGAUGCAUGGAGGCUAACGUUAAACGGAGAACUGAAUAUUCCGGUGGCGAGGACGGAAGAGUUCUGCGAAGGACCAUGCUUCUCCGAAACACAUUUGGCUUUGAAUUGCAUUAACGAAAUUCUUCACCACUUCAGAUUCUUUAACAGAGCCACCAUUCACGACAUCCGUCAAACCCUCAAGUCCGGGUGCAGCUAUGGACCUGAACGAGGUGACUUCAACGUUGUUGAACACAUCGAAGAUGGAGAAGAAAAUGGAAAAGAGAGGAUGAAGUCAAGAUCUGGACCGCUGCUUGGGAUUGUGUUGUUCGCCAUUGCCUUGCUUCUUUAAGAUCUUUCUUAGUUAUUAAUCUUAGCCACUACCUUAUAUAUGUUAUAUAUGUUGCUUUAUUGAUAAUUACAAUAGAAACCGAUCUCUUUGUAUUGAUAGAUAACACUAGAAUUUGAGAAGUACUCUUUUUUUGUAAAUUUAUAUUUUCACCGUUUAUAUAUUAUAAAGUUUUA